UCUUCAAUCAAUUUAUUAAAAUCUAACUAAUUGUGUAUUAUCAAAAUAUAUACUGAAAUGGAUAUUAUAUUCAAGAAAAUAAACUCUAUAGAACAUUUUGAUAUAAUAUGUAACGAAAUAAUAAACAACAUGUAUACUCGAAGCGAUGAAAAGAUUUCAGAAAUUGUUGAAAAUAAUGUGAUUCAAACUGCAAAACAGGAGCUCCGGACUAUCAUUUCAACGAAUAAAUAUGACAUUAACAUGAUUAUAGAACACUUGAACACUAAAGAUUGGAAUCAAGAAAAACUUAUCGCUUUUUUAGAUUUAUUGAAAAAAAAAUUGUCAGAUAUUGUACUAAUGAGUAUUUAUCAUCACAAUUGUUCGUAUGGGGAAGUUAUUACUAGCUUUGAUUGGCUCUUGAAGCUUGUUCUUGGGAGCAGCGAAUCUAAAACUAGUCAGUACCCUAUCCUGCAACUGAUAACAAGCUCUAUAAAUUUUAAUGGAGAAGCAAAUACAAUGAUUUAUGAUCUUGAUAAAGAAAUGGUGCUUAGAAUGAUAAAUUCCCUCGAAAGAGUAAUAACUUGAAUGAAAUACUAUACAUUCUGGUAAAAUGAAGAAUUAAAAUAUAAUUCAUGGCUUUAGAAACAAACUUUGCUCUAAAGCUGAAUUCAGACUGAGUAAUCCCAUAUUUUUUUAAAUAGUUCACAUUUUAUAUAAUAAGUUUACUCUUUGAUCAGUGCCUUAAAGGUGAUCUCACUUUUUGAUUAUUUCCAUUUUUAUUUUCGUAUAUAAU